AUGUUUGCCUACUCGUCAUCUGCCCAUUCACAUGUCUUGAUUCCAUCGACCGACGAUACGUCGACGCCAUCCGUUCACAACAUCUGGACGCCGUCGAUCCACGAUGCGUCAAAGAAUCGGUCGACGGACGAUACCUGGAUGCAGUUUACGAACAAUACGUCGACGCCGACGGCGUUGAUCCACGACGUGUCGACCCCGUCAACCCGUGAAUCGAUGACGUCGAUCCACGACGUGUCAACGCCGUCAACCCGCGAAUCGACGACGUCAGCCCACAACGCAUCGACCCCGUCAACCUGCGAGUCGAUGCUGUCAGCCCACAACGCGUCGACCCUGUCAACCCGCGAGUCGAUGCUGUCAGUCUAUAACGCGUCGACCCCAUCAACCCGCGAAUCGACGACGUCAGCCCACGACGUGUCGAUCCCGUCAACCCGUGAAUCGACGACGUCAGCCCACAACGCGUCGACCCCGUCAACCCGCGAGUCGAUGCUGUCAGUCCAUAACGCGUCGACCCCGUCAACCCGCGAAUCGACGACGUCAGCCCACGAUGUGUCGAUCCCGUCAACCCGCGAAUCGACGACGUCAGCCCACAACGCGUCGACCCCGUCAACCCGCGAGUCGAUGCUGUCAGCCCACGAUGCGUUGACACCAUCGGUUGACAAUAUGUUGACACCGCCGAUUGUACCUUCGCAAUCGUCGACCAAGCUUUCGCUUUCGUUACCUCAGCGAGACCCAUCCGUGCAAACCGCCAGCCUGAAAAGGCCAUACAAUGGGCUUUCCAACAGUCAUCGCAGCCGCAAGUAUCAGCGGACGUUACAAUACAAUAAGCACGGACACACACCAAAACCCAGUCUUUUAAGCAUGCUUCCCAGCUGCCAGCCAGAGGCUCUCAACGUCAAGCUUGACACUUUGCCUGCCACGCAAGGCGCCUAUGGUGCUAAACCAACAAAACCCCACAAAAGUCACCUAUAUAGCUUGGAUGCCAUCAAGGCCCUUGGGUUCCGCAUUAUACCUUGGGAUAGAUGCACCCCCGUCCCGUUUGUUUCUGAAGACGGACGUAUUUUUAUGGUUCUGGCAGGCCGUCCUAAGGACCCUGCAUACGAACGUGCCACGGAGGAAGCAUUUGAUCUACUGAGGGAGGCCGGACACACCACAGUGUUUACACACAAAGACUAUUCAGAAAAUCGUGGUCAUUAUCCCGCACUCAACAUCGGCGUUACACACGGUGUAGGGACACACUCUCCACUCAACCGCGUCCAGCGCCAUCCCAAAAUCACUGCCAAGCUCUUGCAGUCGGAAAGCAUUCAACAAAUGGCCAGUUUUGCCAGCAGUGCAUUUGCUACAUGGAGCCCUAAAGUGUACAACCACUAUAAGUUGUACAUGGAUAAGAUAUUCGCCAAUGACUCCACGCUAGUCCGACUGUUUCGCCGCAGCAUAUUUCCGGCGGCCACCUUCAACCUAGGGUCUGUGGUUUGCACCAUCCCGCAUUUUGAUAUCAAAAACUGUCCAUAUGGCUGGUGCGCCAUCCAGUCUUUAGGGAAAUUCAAUGCCAAAAAGGGUGGUCACUUUGUGGUGUGGGGCCUGAAAGUGGCCAUUGAGUUCCCUGCAGGAUCUACCAUCCUUAUGCUGUCCGCCGUCCUAGAACAUUCAAACACCAGCAUUGAACACGGAGAGGAGCGUGCUUCCUUUACUCAGUAUGCUUCAGGUGGCCUGUUUAGAUGGGUUGAUUAUGGCUACCGCACCGAGAAGGAGUUAAAACGUACAAACCCCAAGCUUUAUCAAGAGCAAAUGGAGCUUAGGCCAACACGAUGGAAGAGGGGGUUGGGCAUGUUGUGCACCUUACAAGAUCUUAUUUCAAAAGCUGCGUUUGAGGUCUCUGGACAAGUUUGA